AUGGAUGGUGUUGCGACUACACAGAAACAUAAACGAGCUAGAGUAGAGCCACAACAGAAGGUUGAACGAGCUACAACAGUUGUGGGCCUCAUUCAGGACAACAACGAACUGGCUUACAGGGAGGAAGUGCGACACCUUGUGGAUUGGUGCAAGGCGAACAACCGGAUCCUGAAUGUUGACAAAACAAAGGAGAUCAUCGUCGACUUCAGGAGAUCCAGACCCAGCCACACUCCACUCAGCAUCAACGACACAGCCGUAGAAGUUGUGAACACAACCGAGUACUUGGGGGUGCAUAUAACGGACAACCUCGGCUGGUCACUCCACACCUCCGCUCUGGCGAAGAAGGCACAGCAGCGACUGCACUUCCUGCGGCGGAUGAGAAGAGCCUCCCUCUCCCCUCCUAUCCUUACCACCUUCUACAGAGGGACCAUCGAGAGCCUGCUGACCAACUGCAUCUCCGUCUGGUCUGGGAGCUGCAAGGCCUCGGACUGGACGUUACUGCAGAGAGUGGUGAGGACAGCGGAGAAGAUCAUCGGGACCCAGCCCCCCCCCAUUAAGGACAUAGCAAACAGCCGGUGUGUAUCUAGAGCCCAUCGGAUCUGCUCUGACCCCACACACCCCCAGCAUGGACUGUUCUCUCGCCUGGCAUCGGGGAGAAGGCUCUGCAGCAUCCGCUGUAGGACGACCAGAACGCUCUCUUCGGAGCUGCUCCAGUUGCUCUCUGACCAGCGUCUUCUGCUGACUCUUGUCCUCCUAAAGAACAAAGAAACUCGCCCACUGGCGUCCUUCGUCAGUGAAGAUGAAUGAACGUCUGUGUUCCUCUCUGUUUUUUUGGAGUGUCCCUGCAAGGAUAAAAUACGAGGGACAACGUGGAGGUACAUUUUGUGUCUUUGUCCAUAUACAAUUAGAGGUCGACCAUAGAGGUCAAAUCAUAUAUUUUGCUUCUCUGUGAGGAACACACCUUCACUGUGUCCUCAUCAAUUGUCUCACUGGAAACUGCAGAGCAGAAUCCACGUUGCUUCAUGUCCAGAGACUCCUGCUGUCCUACCAUCGUAUGUGCGAUCUGGGUCAGAGUCUCCAUGUGGUUUUCUCCAGCCGCUGCUCUGCAAUGUUCAGCGAUGCUGUGCCCCUCAAAUGGCUCAGUUUGGAGAUGAUCUCGCCCGGUGUGGUCCUCUGUCUGUGUGCUCCAAGCCAGAGUGAUGAGGGAGUCCUGUUCAUCAUAGUCCUGGUUCCUUGUUUUAGUGUCUUGUUCCUCCUCACCGUGCCCGCCUUCUCCAGGAUUUAAAUCUGGAACACAUAAGACCUCCAAAUAGGGCAGGCUCCCCAGUGUCACUCCACAGCCUGAAAUAAAUAGAUGGGUAUUACUAGCAAGUACUUUGGAUUCAGGUCUAGUUUAGGGCAACAGGUAGUGUUGGGGUUAGGGUUAAGUUUCAGGUUGAGCUCAGGUUGACAUGUUGUUGACAUGUAGGUGGUACCUGCACAAACCCCCUGUUUAUUAGGUAUUUCCUCAGUUUGGACUCCAUUUACUUGACUGCUGAUUGCAUCGGUUGUUGUUAGAGAUUGAGAUGUUCCAGCAGUGAGGUUCUGGUUUUCAUUAGGUUCAGUACAACAGAACUGAUCUUGGACUUUCUCCUGGUUUGGGUGAGAGUCUGAAGUUGUAGUCAUUGGUUUGAUGAGGUGGAGCAGGUUGGAUUGGUGAUGUGUUUGGAGUUUGGAUUCAAGCUCUUCCCGAAGUUCCUGGAGUUGCUGCUCACUCUGCAAACACGUCAUUAAAACGACAACUACAACUAGGACUACGUUAAAAAACAUAGCAUUUCAGUAUGUGGAAUCAAACUAUGGAAUGGAUUGAGUAAGACCCUCAAACAAUGCACAACGAUGAACGAAUUCAAGAAUCAAUACAAGCAGUUGAUGUUUGCUAAAUACAAGGAUGAAGAGUCUUGAACCAGUCAUGAUGUGCUAUAUAUAUCACUAUAUUGACAGUUACUAUGGUACCCAUUAUAUCAUUGUAUGGUCAUAUCACCUCGUACUUUGCUACGAGGUGCAUUAUUUAAAAAAAAAAAAAAAACCUUAAACUGUAUUAUGGAAAGCAGGAAGUGAACAAAUGUAACAGUUACUGAUUAUAAAAGUACCAGAUGGAGGGGUAGGAUUUAAUAAGCUUUGC